UGCAUACGUAAAUUUCCCAGGAGAAACACAUACCACCAAUAUGCAUGCAAAGAUGGGCAAGCUGCAGGCUUGUAAUUGUUUUUCCUUGUCUCUUCUACUUGUUUGUUUUUUUCACUGCACCACAACCUUAGGCCAGCCUGCUCAGGCCCCAGCCUUGCCAGCCGUGGCCCCGGCUAAGCCUGCCGAUGCCCCGGCAUCAUCCCCGACACCACCUGGCCCUCCAGACGUCACCAAAAUCCUCCAAAAAGCCGGCGGUUUCACAAUCCUAAUCCGCCUCUUAAAGAGGACUGCAGUGGCUGACCAAAUCAAAGGGCAACUCAACGAUACAAAGAAUGGCUUUACUCUUUUUGCGCCAACGGAUGCUGCAUUUUCAAACCUUAAAUCGGGCACUCUAAAUUCUCUAAGCGACGAACAAAAGAUCCGUCUCAUACAGUUUCAUACCUUACCCACCUAUUACUCUCUGGCAAACUUCCAAACCGUGAGCAACCCAUUGAGAACACAGGCAGGAGAUACCAACCCUGGAGAUUACCCACUAAAUGUGACCUCAAUGGGAAACCAAGUAAACAUUUCGACCGGUCUUGUCAAUGCCUCAGUGAGCGGUACAGUAUAUUCGGAUAAUCAGCUUGCUGUUUAUCAAAUGGACAAAGUGCUUCUUCCUCUGGACAUUUUCGUCGCAAAGCCUCCGGUACCAGCACCAGCACCGGCCCCAACCAAACCUAAGGCUAAGAAGACGACAGCAAGCAGUCAAGAGAGCAGUACUACCACUACAACACCUACACUGGUUGAUUCUGAUGCAGUGAGAAUCACAGAGCAAGGAGUAUUCGUGGUGUCUGUUGGAGUUUCUGUUUUGGUUGCUGCAUUAUCUAUGCUAUAA